AUGCGUAUACUUUGCCUUCACGGAAUGGGCACCAACAGCAAGGUGCUCGAGAUGCAGACGUCUGCACUCCGACAUCAACUCAGCCAUUCACAAUCGCACAGAUACGAAUAUGUUGAUGGUGGGGAGCCUAUGCCGCCCGCUCCUGGGAUAGAGGCCUUCAUUGGUCGGGACGAGAGCCUUGCGUACUACCAUCCACACUCGGCAAAGAGCAUUCUAGCAGCCAUUGACGACCUAUGGGAGUACAUUGCCGAGGAAGGUCCCUUUGAAGGUGUCUUGGGCUUCUCUCAGGGUGCAUCUCUAGCUGCCAUGAUUAUUGCUCGUGCCCGUCACUCCAACCCACCACCCUUUCAGUUCGCCAUAUUCUUCUGUGCAGGGCUCCCUUACUGCGAGAAGUCUUUAUCUGCCGGCGAGGUCAAGUUUCUGAGGGCUGAAGAUACCAAAGGUCCAGUCAUCCAUGUGCCAACAGCUCACAUCUUUGGCAAAAAGGACCCCGAUGUUAGCUACAGUAAAGCAAUGAUUGAAUUGUGCCAUCCCUGGGGAAGAGUUCUUCUGGAUCAUGGAGCUGGACAUGAGAUCCCGAGAGUACCUAUUGAAAUAGUGGAUGACAUGGCAAGGGCGGUAGAGAAGGUUGUUACCAAGGCAGCGAUCGGUCAGUAG